AUGGAACAGACAUUAGGAACCAUUGCUCAGGCUAUUGGAAGUAAAGCAGUACAACAAAGCCUUGAUUCACAUCGAAAUAAAGUCAAAAUUUAUCUCAUUACACAAAACUCGAAUAGAAAUCAAUUACACUCUGCUAUCACUAAAUUAUGCGGUCAACAAAUCAAGGCAUUAUCAACUCAACAAGUAUUAAUAAGAGUAGGUAAAUCACAAUUCUACACAGCAAAAAAUCAAACUCAAGCACAAGCUUAUACUCAAGAAUUACAACAUUCAAUUAAUUCUCGGUUACUUAUCAAUAGACAUCGAUUACAAUCUAUUUUAUCUAGCAACGAUGAUCAACAUAGCCCAAGAACAAGUCCUGCCAGAGAAUUACUAGAAAUGUGGGAUCAAAAUCCCGAAACAAGACCAGAAGGUCAUGUAUAUUAUCAUGGAUUUUAUCCGCCUAAAUUAAUUACUGAUCCACAUCCUGAUCAAUUACCUGAUAAAUGUAGAGCGUUGUUUCUAUUUGCAAAAAACCUUCCCAAUAGUUAUUCACCGCGUUUCCGAGAAAAGGUACGCCAGUUACCUAAUAUUGGUGACGAAAUCGAAAGUUUACCUAAGAGUAUAAUUACUAUUCUACAUUCAGCCGCUGUUAAUAUAGCCUUAAUUUAUUGGAAUUACUAUGGAAAGGUUAAUGGAUUUGAUAUUCCUAAAUUACCGGAUAAUCUACAAAAAUCUUGGGUACAUUGUUGUAGAAUAUUAGAUCGAAUUCCUUCAAAUACAAAUGAUACUCAAAAUAUAGAUAAUAUUGAUUUAAAAAGGCCCGAAGAAGGAUUCUCAUUUAAUAAUUUAAAAAUGAGAUUUCCAUUCUUUAAUGUCGAAGAUUUAGGUUCAUGUACAGAAAUUUCAUUUCAUGGAUACUCACUUGCAUCUCUUAGAUACGCAUGCUAUGAUAUCGUCGAUGCAGCAUUAGAUCUUCAAUCUGCAAUGUACAAUGGCGAUAAAGAUGAAAUUAUAAUCCAUCUUAACAAAUUAAUAGAAAUAGCUAACCGAGGAUCCGAAACACUAUCGGAGCCAAAAUUUAAUUCUUAUGCUGAAAUAAGUAUUAUUCCUUCACACUGGAGACAUAUAGGUCAAACUGGACCUAUAGCUCCAAAUUGUCUUUUAGAUCCAUCAAAGGAGAAAACAUCUCAUCUUUUAACUGAAGCGAACCUGGAUUGGUACACUGCUAAAGAUGAAGAAUUAUUCGCUAUAGCGGAAGAAAAUAGCUUAAUUGGAAAUUCUACUAGCGGGUUAUUUGAUCCCAUUUUCGCUGUUUUCGAUAUAAUUAUUGAUCGAAUACGUAAGUCUCUCAUUGGAAAAAUGUUCAGUAAUGGAUAUAGGCUAAUACCUAAAUCUUAUAGGCAAUUUUUAACAGCGUUUAAAUUAGGAUUUGAGAAAACUGGAAGUCCUAAACAGUUUAUAAAAGCAUUGAACGAUUCACAAUUAAAUAAGACUUUUGAUUUAUUUGAACGUUCUUAUCAUAGAAUGUUGGAUAUACAUCGUAACAAGGCAUUAGGAGUUUUAUCUCUUGUAACUCAGCUAGAUAGAACUGUUACUGUAACUAACCAAGAGACAGAAUCGAAGAGCGCUCAUAUACAACUUAAUACAGAAUUUAACGAAUCAAUCGAUGAUCGCCAAUUUACUAACCGAUUAUUUAGUGCAACGAUUCAUUCUACUCCUGCUAAUCUCAAUCAGCGCAAUACUCUACAAUAUGUAACCAUUUCUAUUUACGAUAAGAAAUUUUCGUAUCAAGAGGGUGAUAAACUUGGUGUACUUAUACCGAAUACUAUUACAAAUUAUGACAGUGCGCCCCAAUAUUUUGUAUUAGAUAUUCAUACUAAAGAUACUACUGAAAAAGAGUGGAUAAAAUUCGUACAUAAUCAUUUUGGAAUAUCUAACGGAAAAGUAUCUAAAGAAAUAUUUAUUAAAUACGCCGAUUUUACAAAUAAUAAACCUCAUGGCUCUCCAUCUAUAGUUCCUCCGCAACUGCCACGUACGUAUAACAUCGCCUCGUUCGAUAACGAUAAUAUUAAAUUACUUGUCGAACGUAUCGAUAACGGUAAAGUAUCGCCGAUACUUGCGCCUAUCGAUAAUCUAUUCGAUCAACAUCAAGUAAUUGAUGUAUUCCCUAUUAAUUCUUCUUUCCGACUUCCGCAAGAUAGUUCUAAACCAAUUGUGAUGAUUGGUAUAGGUUCGGGUAUAGCUCCAUAUCAAUCGUUUAUCGAUCGUAAUAAGAAGAUGAAUGAAAAUCGUCGUAUGUUGUUAUACUUUGGUUGUAGAACUAUAGAAGAUGCUCCAGACACAGUAAAUUAUACGAAGCUAUGUCUAUCAGCUGAUAAUAUACAAAAGUGGAAAGGAUCGCAAUAUUCGUAUAUUUACAACGGUCGAGUUACGAGUUACUUUUCAUCGAGCGAAGGUCAAAAUAAAUUAAUCGAAUUAUGUAAAGAAGAUGCAUUGAUCUAUAUAUGCGGUCCUACAACUUUGUAUAGAGAUAUGAUUAGAAUAUUCAAAUCGGCUAUAGGUAUUAAAGAAUUAAUUAGAAUGUUAACAACUGAUCGAAUUAAAAUCGAAGUAUAUAAGCCUAUAACAAACGAUUGUAAAAUGAAUAUAUCGAUAUACGAUAUUGUUACUCAUAAUGGAGGACGUAACGGUUGUUGGAUUGUUAUAGACCGUCGUGUAUACGAUAUCGGUGAAUAUAUUGAUCUUCAUCCAGGAGGCGACGAAAUGUUAAAAUUCGUAUUGGGUACAGAUGCAACGGAGUUAUUUAAUCAAUUUCCUACAGCACAUGGAAAAAUGGCGCGAUCUAUAUUAGAAUUAUAUUAUAUUGGAGAUGUUAUAACAUCAGAUAGUUAUUACGAAAGAUUAGCAUACGAUGUAACGAAGAAACAAAAUUGUAUUGCUAUAUGGUACGGCGAUAAACAAGAAAAACAAUAUCACUUCUUGAUGAAGAGUCUCGAUGCUCAUAUUAUAUGUCGAAAGUAUUUUAAUACAAUGAAUGAAGUCUUGGUUCAGAAGGAUAUUUUUGCUGAAGAAUUCUCCGCAUUACAAGUUAUACACGAGUAUAACGAAUUAAUCAAAGAUAAAAGAUAUAUAUUUCCGUACAAGCGAAAUAAUGAAGGUGAUUUACUAACAGAGGAUGAUGAAUUUAAAAUUAUGGAAACAUUACAUGAAUAUAAAGCGAAAACAAGAUCAGUAGAUAUUUAUUACUUAGAUAAACUAAAACGAGCAUUGGCGAAACAUCUUAAUUGCAUCAAUUCUGAAGCCUGA